AUGCAUGAGAUAAACAUCUCGGAGUAUACACCUUUGGUAAUUUUAUUCAUUUCAAAUCAAUGAUUUCAAUUUUUCCUAAUUCAGGACUGGGCUCUUCCCUUAUACGGCUACGUUAUGCCUGUUUUAGUGGCGCUAACGACGUUGAUUAACUCUUUUAUCAUUAUUGUCCUAUCACACAGACAUCUUCGAACCCCUACGAACACGGUGCUCCUCACCAUGGCCGUUACUGACUUGCUCACAGGUUUGCUUGGAAAUUUCAUUCAUAAACCUUUUUUUCUGAGCCUUCUCUAGUUUUCACAGUGUAGAUUACAUUUUCUCUGUUCAACACUUGAAAAAAAAAUUCAAAAAAAUUCACUCCUCCGAAAGCUUUUUAGAGGCCAUUUGUAACAGCAAUCGGAGAAAUACCAUUUCAGAACGCCAGAACGUUCCAAAACGUGAAAACCAAAAACGUAUAAAAAAUCUUCAAAAAGUCAAUCGGAAUCUUCAGUUUUUUCUCAGAAAAAAUGAGUGAAACUGAAACUUAAUCUGAGUAUCGAAUUUCAAAAGUUCAUUCAAUCUUUGUCAAAUAUCCGAUUUCAGGUGUUCUGACCAUUGGUCGAUAAAUGGCAUUAAAUUCAAGAUUUUCAUUUUGUUUUAAGCUUAAAAUGUUUAAAGUUUUUCAAGGCUGUGAGGAAAAAUUUGAAGAACGCGAAAAAAACGUUUUUCAAUAAUUUAAAUGUUGAAGAUGAAUAUUCGAAUUUUUUUCAGGCUGCACGUCAGUUCCAUGGUUUCUGUACUACUACACUUUUCAAGGUUAUCAGACCGAUUCAGGUAGAAAAUACCCGAGUUUUUCAUUUUACAAUCUAUCUCGAAUUUAGACUUCGGUUUGGACACCUUCUGGUGCCACGCGCACGCCUACCUGUUGGAAAUAUUACCUUCAAUUUUUCACACGGCGGCGAUUUGGCUGACUGUAUUUUUAGCCAUUCAAAGAUACGUCUAUGUCUGCGUACCGAACACAGUUCAUCUUUACUGCACUCCUAAAAUGACCAAAGUCAUUAUUAUGAUUAUUUUUCUGGUGGGUACUCGUUUUCUUUCCUUGUUUGAUACAGACCAACUUAAAACUUUGAAAAGAAAGCUGUAAAACCAGAAUAGUCUGAAACCCGAAAUCAUUUUUUACUGGAGAUUAUAUUUGAAAUUGCUUAGUUUUUCUUUCAUGCUUGAAACUAGGAAACCAAGCCCGGAUUGGAAAGCCAUAAUCCAAAAAGUAAUCAGCAUCAACAGCAUAUAUAUCAUCUCAUCAAUACUUCGUGUUAAAAAAAUAAUAAUAAAAAAAUUAAUCGACACUGAGAAAACUGAAGGAAAAAGAUGUGGUCGUUCCGUUAAAGAAAACUUUUGAGUAUUAAGUUUUUUUCUUAUAAAUUCAACAAUUUUUUUGGGUAUCGAAGAAUAACUUUGACCAUUAGAUAAUUUUUUUGAAUGGAAACUGUCAUAGUUUUAAAAAAUUUUUAUCCGAUUUUUUUCAUUUAAAAGUGUUUAGAAGACAAAUUUUAAUAUUCAUUCUUCAGAUUCUUUUUCAGAAGAGCAAGAAGAAAAAUUGCUUCCUAAAGUGAAAAAAAAUCGAACCGAAAAAAAAACUCAUGUGAUUUUUAUAGACAUCGAGCUUCCAUUGAAUUCCUGUGCAAUUAUUUUUUCAGGGCUCAUUCCUCUCUGUGCUCCCAGAAAUUCUAGGAAAGCAGAGAUUAUCGAAGCAGGUUGGCCAAAGGUACUUUUGCUACCUCACAAUCGUCCCAUGGAUUGUUAAUGUUUGUGUUUUAUUAAUCAAUGAUGUGAGCUAUUCACGCUUUCAGAAUAUUGGCAAAGACGUCUUCUAUUCAGUUUUCUACUGGUCCAGAGUGAUAUUACACGCGGUUCCUUGUGGUCUUUUGCUUGUGAGUUUGAACUCGGAAACUAUGAGCUGUUUCAUUUUUCAGGUUUUCACCCUGAAACUUGGAAGUACGAUAAAGCAAGCCGAGAUUCGGAAAAAGUCGUUCGCCCACCCUGUUGACAUGGAAAGAAAAACAAGCUAUGCCAGGUUUUCGCUUCUUUUUGAUUGCUUGUGUCAAAAUAAUUCAAUCUAAAAUACGAAAAACAGUAAGUUAGUAAAAGGAACGGAGUUUCUGUUCAUUUCAAUGCUUCCAAUUUCGUAGAAUUAUUUUUAAAAAACCAGUUUUUUCAAAGGGGCUCGGAUUUCAGUAGAAUCUCCACUGGAUCUGGAGUCGGUGGUGGACGAAGUUUAUACGCCACAAAUCGUAUGCUUGCUCUGAUCUGCACUUGGUUCCUUCUUCUGGAGGUAAAAGUUUUUAUUCCUUUUUCUCAGGAGUAGAUUCUUUUUUUCAGACCUGAAAAAGGCCUUAUUAUUACAAAGCACACUGAAAAAAAUAAUUUUUGCAAGAGAGCUUAUAAAAAAAUCUGUGUUUGGAAAGGUUUUUUUAAGAUUUUAUAUUUUUCAGAUUUCAAUUAUCCGAGCGAUUGAAUAUUCCCACUUGGAAUUUCAACAUUCGUUCCGUAAAAUUAAGAUUUUUUCUCUGAAACUUUCGCUCAUUUCAAGUUGAAGCUUUUUCAAGAACUCUUUGUUUGUUUCGGUAAUUUUUUCUAGCUCAAAUAACCGCAAAGAUAGGAAGUAGAACCUGAUUUGCCUUUGAAUAGAUUUUCAGAAAAAAAAACUGACUUUUCGCUGUUAUUUUGGUUUUUUUCCCCUCCAAAAGACUUUUUCUAACAUGACCCCCAGUUCUGAAGGCUUAAAAUGCGGCUAGGUGAGACGAGAAGUAACUUCGCCGAACUUCCUUUGUCCACACAAAGCCGAGCCGUCUAAAAAAUUUACUUAUCUCUCCGUCGGCUGUGGAACAGACUGGCGGGGGAGAAGAAAAAGAAAAAAAAAGAAGUUUUUUUUGGACGAACAAAGGGCCGCCGAAACAUUCACUCGAAAUGUUCCGCCACACGUGCUGGCCGGCUUUUCCAUUGUUUUUGGAGGUGCUUAAUUGGAUUCAAGCAACUGCUUUCCACUCAUACGAUACUUCAGUGGAGGAGCCGAGCCGCUCCACAAACACUCAGAUUUAUUUUUGAGAGGUUUCAGAUACCGGCUGCGAUCAUCUACGUGAUGCACUUCCUGGUCGCCAAUCAGUUCAUUAAAGCCAGUCCUGGGUACUACGUCUUCUUCAACAGGCUUCUGGUCAUAAGGUGUGGUCCCAAGCAAUAUGAAAUAAAAAUUGAGCCAAAAAAUCAAAAUGAUUUAUUUAUGCCUUUAAUUUUGUUAUAUAAUCAGAAAAAAUUGGAACUUUUUUUCUAAAAAUUUAAAAGUAGUUGAGUUUGUUGCAGAUUGCGUCAGACUACUAUCUAACUGACGUGAAUUGAUUCCUUAGUUACACACUUUUUAAAAUUAGUAGAUUCUUAGUUAAAUUUAUUAUCACUGCGUUGGAGAGAAAGAGGUAAAAAAAGAUUGGACGCUUGUACUAAGAUUAAAAAGUCCAAUUUUUCGUUCGAAAAAAAUUUUUUUAGAAGUUUUUAUAAAAAGACUAUGAGAAAAAAACAGAAUCGAUGAAUAGUUUCAGCAGUAGGCCAAACAAAAAAAAAUUUUUUUCAUGGCAAAAUGAAUAAUUGUUUUUUUGCAAUCAAAACUUUUUUUCUGUGCAUUUUUAUAGAUUUUGUAAUCAUUCUGAAAAAAUCUUCAAAGACAUUGAUAGUUAGGGUAUCUUUUCAGAAACAUUCUCAUCGUUCUUGCCAGCCCAUUCCAGUUUGCAAUCUACUGCUCCAUGUCAGAGCAGUUUCGAUUGACCGUUCGACAAUUAUUCACUUCCCGACUUUUAUUCGUAGCUCAAGCCCAGGCAACUUUCCAUGGUGGAAAAAGGUAUUUUGUUCUUAACUAUAAGCUCCUUCAACAUUUUUUCAAGAUAUUCGUUGAUUCUCGUUGAUGUGGAUACACUGGAAACCAAGAAAAGGACGACGAGUGUGCGGCUUUCUCGGUUCCUGGAAAAGUGAGUUUUUCUACCUAGACUUUGAAAAACGUGGAAUUUUAGCUUCACGACAUCUUCUACCGUAGAAGUCCAACCUAGAAGAAAACUGAAUCGACAGUCGUCUUUUCCGGAAGAACUCAGAGCUUCUAGAGAUGAGAAUGGAAUUGGGUUGUGUCGUGGGCAGCGCACACUUUCGACCAAAGAAAAAAAUUCUCGUGAAACUUCAGUUUCUCAGUACAGUAUGUUUUGAACAAAUCUCCAAAUAUCAGUAAUUAUUUUCGCAGGAAAAAGCGGGAAUACGGUAUCCUUCUCAAGACUUCCUUCUCUUUCGAUCGACGAAGAUGCUUCGAAUUUAAACCUACCAAAAAAUGGAACCCACCUCACAGUUCCUCAAAUUCAAAUUGAUAUGUAUGACUAG